AUAAAAGAAGCUCUUUGAAAAAAGAAGAGGGGUCCCUUUUCUGUGAUGUGCUGACGAGACAGAAGUAACAGAGGGACAAAGGAGGCAAAUGGAAGCACCGGCAGAGAUUAUUGUAAAUAAAAAGUAUGAGGGAGUGAAAGGAGGUGUUGAAAGAUGACACAAAAGGGUAGGGGGGUUAUCAGCACACACACAAUCCUGCUGUCGCCGAAUUCACAGUGACACACCACGCUACCCCCCUUCUCUGCUGGCACUCCUGCCUGUCCCAUAUCUUCUGCGUUGACAGCUGAUUGGAAGAUGGCCCACACAGCCGAGACUCGUCGGGCCAGGUGACCUCCUCGCCACUGGGCUCACCCACAUCCCAUCGGGGAAUGCACCCGUCCCUGCUCAGCCCGACGUCCAUGGGGCCCUCCGGCUCCCUUCACUCUCCCAUCAGCACGCUGAGCUCGCCCAUGAACGGCCUGGCCUCACCCUUUUCUGUAAUCAGUUCGCCCAUGGGUCCCCACUCCAUGAACUCGCCCGGCAUGGGUUACGGCCCCAGUGUCAGCCCCCAGAUGUUCCAGCUGAACUCUCCAAUGAACUCAGUCAGCAGCACGGAGGACAUCAAGCCCCCGCUGGGCCUCAAUGGUGUGAUGAAGGUGCCCGCCCAGCCCUCAGGCACGGCCUUGUCGCUCACCAAACACAUCUGCGCCAUCUGUGGUGACCGCUCCUCAGGUAAACACUAUGGAGUAUACAGCUGUGAAGGCUGCAAAGGUUUCUUCAAAAGGACGGUGCGCAAAGACCUGACCUACACCUGUCGCGACAACAAGGACUGUGUCAUCGAUAAACGCCAGAGGAACCGCUGCCAGUACUGCCGCUACCAGAAGUGUUUAGCCAUGGGCAUGAAGAGAGAAGUUUUGUUACAUGCAGCCGUUCAGGAGGAGCGCCAGCGAGCCAAGGAUAGAAAUGAGAACGAGGUGGAGUCGACCAGCUGUGCCAAUGAGGACAUGCCCGUGGAGAAGAUUCUGGAGGCGGAGCAGGCGGUGGAACCCAAAACCGAGACCUACAUUGAGACCAACCUUGGUGUGCCAUCCAACUCGCCCAACGACCCAGUGACAAAUAUCUGUCAGGCGGCUGACAAACAGCUCUUCACCCUAGUGGAAUGGGCCAAGAGGAUCCCCCACUUCUCUGAGCUGCCACUGGACGACCAGGUCAUCCUUCUACGAGCAGGUUGGAAUGAACUCCUCAUUGCAUCAUUUUCGCACCGUUCGAUAGCAAUUAAAGACGGGAUUCUGCUGGCGACCGGGCUGCACGUGCACCGCAACAGCGCCCACAGUGCCGGAGUGGGAGCCAUCUUUGACAGAGUGCUCACAGAGCUGGUGUCAAAGAUGAGGGACAUGCAGAUGGAUAAGACAGAACUGGGGUGCCUUCGAGCUAUAGUCCUUUUCAACCCAGACUCUAAAGGUCUGUCCAACCCCAGCGAGGUAGAAGCUCUGAGAGAGAAAGUGUACGCAUCUUUAGAGGCCUACUGCAAACAGAAGUACCCCGAGCAGCCUGGCAGAUUUGCCAAGCUGUUGCUGCGGUUACCGGCGCUGCGCUCCAUCGGCCUCAAGUGUCUGGAGCACUUGUUCUUCUUCAAGCUCAUCGGCGACACGCCCAUCGACACCUUCCUCAUGGAGAUGCUAGAAGCCCCUCAUCAAAUGACAUAAUAGCAGAGAGGGUUGAGCUUCUCCUCCUCCCUCCCUCCCUCCCUCCGCCUCCCCGGCCUCCCGCUCAGCCUUGGAUCGGGGUUCCUUUUUUUCUCAAAUCCCUUCUCCAGCGAGGGAAAGAUCACGUGAUGACUUUGAAUGGAGAACCUCUUCCCUUCCUCCCACCGUCCCUCCAUCCCUCCGUCCCCCUCUGUCCCUCCUCUCCUCGGCUCCCUUUGAUGUGUUUUUCAAAAACAAUGAAUUCAUCAUGUCUAUUGGUCUGUUUUAUACCUUGUAAAAUUAUAUAAAUAAGAAAUAUAUAUAUAUAUAUGAAAAUCACACGGCAACACGAGUGACAACAGUGGACUGAAAUAAGGUCGGACAGAGGACAAGAGAAACGUAUUGAGCCAUCGUUUUGAUCCUCGCCAUCCCUGCAUCUUGACGGGGGAAAAAAAAAAAAAAGGCAGAGAUGAUCAGGUUUUAACACCCACAGUUAUGCUUGCAGGUAUGUUGACAGAAAAAAAAAAAAAAAAAAAAAGCAUUGAUGUCAUAUUUGGACACUCAGCGUUGUGAUCAGGACAAUCGUGGACUGGGAGAGCCUCAGGCUGUCUACACUUGGACCUGAGCUCUCUCUCUCUCUCUCUCUCUCUCUUUCUCUUUCUCUCUCUCUCUCUCUCUCUCUCUGUCUCUCUCUUUCAGGAUUGAACUCACUUCGGGGAGGGGAGGGAACAGCGGUGGUGGGGUUGUGGGGUGGGGGGUGGUGGCAGAACGUCUGCUUAAAGGAACUCCUGCCUGACUCGACUGAACACGUCAGGUCUUGCACUAGCUGUUUUUCGAAGUGUGAGCUUUUCUGGAGUAGAACUCAGAGGUGGGUUAACAAGACUGCAAGUGCUCGGAAAAGAAAAAAGAAAAGAAAAAAACAGAACACCUCAGGUCUCUGCCCAAUUCAAACAAAUCCAACCAUGUCUUACUCUGUUAGCACUGUGCAGCAUCGGGGAGGACGAUGUAGAAGUUGAUGUCAACCUGUGGAUGGAGGGUUGGGAGAGCUUCUUGUAUACAAUCUUUGCGGCCCUUGUUCGCAGGGCUGCCGCGGUUUGGCCGCAACGUUAGCUUUACGCUGCAGGAUGCUCUGAACGGCUACCAGCAGGCACCAGAGCGGACUUUUUUCGUCAUCCUGUUUCAAACAGUCGGCCUCUGAUUCAACCUCGACAGACUUGGGCGGCAGGAAAGCGAGCGCACAGUCUCAUCGGCCGGCCUCUGAGCUCCUUUUCUUUUCCCCCCGUCCCUCUUCCGGCCUCUCCACUUCUCGUUUCAUGUGAAUUUCAGCACACCAUUUACACCUCCACACUCAGAUAUCCCUCCGCUCAACGCAGAGGGUGUUAGCUUUUAUUUUAUUUUUUUUUUUGUUCUUCAAAAACACCUCAUAUCUACCUGUACAGUAGGUUACAACCAUAUACAGUAUUGACGUUGUUUUCAGUUGUGAUCUUAACGGCAGCGACGCACAAUUACCUCUGUUUCCAUCCCUCUGACCUUCAGUUCUCCACACUCAUUUAACUAUUUUAACAGUAUGCAGGAGAAGCGCUCGUCAUCGCAGCAGAGCCAUUAUUUGUUUAUUUGUUUGUUACUUGGCACUUAACCUCAUGACAGCGGAGUCGGGUUCCUAAACGGAGAGCUGCUGUUGAUGUACUCGACCUCUGAGUUGGAUUUUUUUGGCCCGAGCCCAAUCAGGACCGCCCCAAUUGUUUUUUUCCUCCUCAGAGGGACACACACUUGCUCUCCCUGCACUUCUCUGGACAAACCAAGUGUCAUUCAAGUCGGACUGAAAUGUUAAAUAUCUCCAUGUUGUGUGUAAUGAUGCUUUACGCCCCGUAUUCUGCUUUUAUUCCCCUCCUCUCUCUUUCUCUAAAUGCUGCAGCUGCUGCAAUACUAUGCAUCGAGUGCAUUUCCAAAGAUUGUCCACAGAGCGGGUGCAUAUUGGCAUGGCUUAAACAGGUCUGAUACUUUUCGAAACAAGUGUUAAAAGUGUAGGUCUGCUGUAACAUUUUCCUGGACUGGAGUACUGUUUUUUUCCCCACUAGUCAUAUUUGAUUGAGUCAUUCUGUACCAGCUCAUUCACCCUGGACUGACUGAACACAAACAGCUAUCAGGCCUCAUUUUAAGGUGUUUAAUGAAAAAAAGGGUGGAGCGUAGCAGAGUUUAAGGUCAUGUUAAACAGUAGAUAAUUGCUGUGCAUGAUAUAAGACAAGGUCUUAAAGAAAAUGAAUAUAUCAGCAUAUUCAACACUUUUUCAUAAGCACCUUGACACUAUCUGCAAGUGAAAGGGAAAAAAAAAUCCCUGAGCUGAUAAACUUAGAUCGUUAGAUCUGUGAGGUGUAUGGAGUCCUGAGUGUGCCACUUCAAUCGUCAUUUGUUGUGUUUUUUUGUUUGGUUUUGUUUGUUUUUUUUUUUAUCAUCAAUUCCUGCAUUUAGAUUUGCAUUUCAGUUGUUCAUGGGAAACCAUUCAAAACAAAUGUAAAAAAGUAGGGCUGUCAAUUACAAUUUUUUAUCUGUUCUAAAUUAACCUUAAAGGAAUAUUCUUUCUAGUUCUUAAUACUCUUAUCAACAUGGGAGUGGACAAAUAUGCUUGCUUUAUGCAAAUGUAGGUUUAUUAUCAUUGCAACAAUCCAAAACAAAACAAAACAAAAAAAAAACCAGCAAUCCAAGACAAAUACUGUCCCAGAAUAUUCUCCAGAAUAACCUCAAAGGCACAGUGUACUGAAAAAAUAUGCUGAAAUAAGGUUAAUUUAACAGUGUCAAUCGACCUGCAAGCUGCAGCUACCCAUUUAGUUAUCACUGUUGAAGGUUUGUCUCAUGUAGUUGUCCAGGAGUCUCCUUUGAAAACUAUCUACCUGAGGUGGAGGAGGGCUCUCUGCAUCAGCUGUACGCUUGGCCAGCAAGCGGUAUUUGAGACUUGACGUACUGCAAACUCAGUUCACAUCGACGGUGAAUGCAAAUAGAUUUGUUCUUGUCUUGAGAACCAUCUAGCAGGGCUUUAAAGCUGAACUGGCCUUUCAAAAGACCCUUUACUUUAUCCAUUUCUGCUCAGGCUCAGGUUUGUUUCUGAGGAAUUUGAUUUAAUGCUUUUCAUUUUAUAAAACUAACUUUGACAGCCCUAAUAAAAAGUACUUUAAGUAAUUUAGCCAACUAAAAUGGCACUUAGUAGAGUGUAUACCUCCACCAACCCCCAACGGUCUCCUUUUGUUCUCACUCACUGACACCAGCCACCAGUGAUUUCUUUUCAUCACACAUUAUUCCAAGAAAAAUAAAAUAAAAUCAACACCCAGAAAUCCUGGAUCCUUUAUCCAGAUGUGCACCAAAAUAAAGGGGGUCUAUUGUGGGCUGAGACCCAUUCUCCAUCCAAGUUUUGUGAAAAUGCGUUUGGCAGUUUUUGUGUAAUACUGAUCACAAACCGACCAACCAGCAAACAACUAAUGGACAUGGGUGGAAACAUAACCUCCUUGGCGGUGCUAAGUAAUAACUCUGUUUCUGUAGUUUUCAUUGUGUGAUUGCCUUCAUUUAAAGCAUCACUUAAAAAAUGAGAUGGACUCAGACAGAAGCAACAGGAGGACUUAUAAGCCAGCUGUUGGCAUUUCAUACAUCCUCGUGUUUUCAGUUUGUCACCAUAUUAAUUGAGAACAAUUAAGUCUAAUAAUCUGAUUACAGUGGCACCAUCAGGACUCUAAACUGUUGAACCCAACCAUGACACCAGCGUUUCGAUGACCGUGUGUCAAUGUUUCAUCGUGAUUGGGUCCAGGUUCACCAAAUGGCCUCCAGUGGAGGGAAAUCUUUGCAGAUGUUAGUCCACCCACAGGAAACUGAUCCCAAUGAUCUCUGUCAUUAUGAAGAAAAACGCAAAGAGUCGGUUGAGAUGUCGCCUCUGUAAUGUCACAUAUUGUACACUUGAACUACAACAUUUACUUUCCAGUCAGGGAGCAGUUUGGGUGAGACGGAACGAGGGGUUGAGCGGCUGUUCGAGAGCAGAGAGCUCCCUCUAGUGGAAGAGAGGCAGCGCUGCAACAUUACUUGAAUUUUUUUCUACAAGUAUUUAAUGAGACAAAAAAAAUAAAGAAGGCACUUUUUCUCACAGCGCUAUCAUCGAUGUUCCGCUUGAUCAGACCAAACCUCAGUAUCUGUGCAUUUUCAGACUGUAAGAAGUAGCAAUAACUUCAGUAUGACCUAUUGGCUCAGUGUUUGGUUAUUACUCGACAGUGUCAUCGAGGUAGCCUGCAUUAUUACCAAUUAUCCAGGUGACAGUAUUGACUGCCAGUUUGCAGCUGUUUACAGUGUUUAUAUCCUGGAAAAGUUAGUUGUGCUAGUUUGGUCUAACAAGAAUUUGUUAUUUGCAUUUUUCAACUUAAGCUGUGUGGCAAGAGAAGAUUUUUUUUCUGUAAAAAUACAGGCUAGAUUUGAUUCUUUUUUUUCUAAAUGGAAUGUCACUGAUUUUAAUCAUGAAAAGCAGAUAUUUUCCAACUGGGUGACCCAACUCUAAAGAAAUCAAUCUCCCCCCGACUCCUGAAGUCUGACGUCUCCUCCUCUGAGUUUACUGUGACCGGUGACCGCAGGUAUCUUAAGCCAUAAAGUGGAUGACGUGCGAGCUCACUCCCCCCGCAGGAAAUGAACAGACAAGGAUCACCCACGCAGAAUGAUUACCUUCACGAAUGCUUUAUAACAUAAAGCGCUAUUUUGUUAAUAUGUAUAUGUGUAUAUAUUUAUAAAUAUAUAUCGACAGAUCUGCUCCUUGAGUAUCUCCAACAGUCGAAAGAGGGAGACAAGUCUUUCAGACCAAAAUUGUUCCACGACUCAGAGUUUUAUUACUGAGGGGUUUUUUUGUUUGUUUUUUUCGACCUUGACUUUAUAAAAAUCAAUCCCUGAUCAACCAGCAGAAUCGCAGCAGCUCUGAACUCAAAGGAACCAGCUUCUUUCUCGGCAGUUUAUGGGACCUCAGAAAAAGAGAAAAAAAAAAGAAAAAAAAAAAAAGAACAAGAAGAGAAAAAACAAAAAAUCAUGGGAGAGGAAAAAAAAAUAAAGGUUAAGACUUUAAACCCUCCAAAAUGUAUGUGUUGCUUGGCAAUUGUAUGUUCAAAAAGUGUAAUCAGGAAAAAGCUGAGCUUGUGACACAAUCACUGCUUUCUUUGUUGCAUAGACAGUAAAAUGUUCAAGUGGAAAAAAAAAGAAAAAGAAACAAAAAAAACACUUGGAAAAAAGAUCUAUUUUUGUACAAAGGUAAUUUUAUCCCUUGCUUGUGUACUCUGUUCUUUCCCCCUUUCUUCUGUGGGCCGUCAUAUACGUUGUGGAAAAAGCUUAUUCAACAAGACAAUUUUCAGAUUGAAAAUUUUUUAAAAAGGUGAGAGGAGUUAGUCGGCUUUGGCACCUUGGUAACUGUGUCGCCUUUACUUUGCCAUUUUCAACCCGUCGCCGCAAAAGACGGGAAUGUCUUCUUUCAUUAUAUUUUUGUCUAUUUUUAAAAAAGGAGAUGGAAUUUUUGUCAUCUGUUCUUUGUGGGUUGUUCUCUGAUGUUCUAUCUUUCAUGGACAGAAAAAAAGGUUAUUAAAAAACUUAAAGUGACUGAU